GUUUCCAACUUCCCCACUCACCUCUCGCGAUUCCUCUCUUCUUCCCUCAACUUCAUUUUUCGACUUCCCUCUCCGACGGCCCGAAAUCGCCGUUCUCAUCCUCGGUCGCAGCCGUUAAUCUCUUCCUCCGUCGAUUUCCGAGAGUUUAACGAUGAAUCAACAAUCAGGCAUGUUCACCGUUCAUCAAACUGGCGGCAGCGUUCUGUGCUGCAAGUGCGGUGUUCCCAUGGCACCGAACGCCGCAAAUAUGUGCGUGACUUGUCUCCGUUCUGAAGUCGACAUCACGGAAGGAUUGCAGAAACAGGUUCUGAUAAUCCAUUGCCCCGAGUGCGGUUGUUACUUGCAGCCACCAAAAACUUGGCUCAAAGCUCAAUUGGAAUCUAAGGAGCUCUUGACUUUCUGCGUGAAGAGGCUGAAGAAUCUGAAUAAGGUGAGGUUGGUUCACGCUGAAUUUGUUUGGACAGAGCCUCAUUCCAAGAGGAUCAAGGUUAAGCUGAGAGUUCAGAAAGAAGUUCUCAACGGUGCGGUUCUUGAGCAACCUUAUGCUGUUGAAUACACGAUAAGAGACCAGAUGUGUGACCCUUGCUCUAGAAUUCAGGCUAACCCGGAUCAAUGGAUUGCCUCGGUUCAGCUCCGGCAGCACGUUCCUCACCGACGAACCUUUUUCUAUCUAGAACAGCUGAUACUGAAACACGAUGCAGCUUCUCGGGCCAUCAGGAUUCAGCAGGUGGAUCAGGGUAUCGAUUUUUUCUUUGGGAACAGGAGUCAUGCGGUUAAUUUUGUGGACUUUCUGCGUAAACUUGUUCCGGUUAACUCAUCUCCUCGCUCUUUUCGUAGCCGGAAAACCAACAGAUCCGAGGAGAAACGAGCUUCGGAGAAUCUACCGCUUCUGUUGAUGCCGUUGGACGAGGACGAGUUCGUGGCUCCUCUGAUGAAGAAUCUCCUCUCGCCGAUUUUGAAAUGGUUAGACAUGAUGUUAAACCAAGAGAACAACUGGGUAUUGGCGUUCUUGGGUGCUUUCUGCUCGGCGAUUCGCAUGUUCGGGACGAGACGGGUCGAUCUGGUAGGUAACAUUGUCUACGAGAUGCUGAGUUCAGUGACAGAACUGGUGAAGAGAGGAAUGGAACUAGGUUUUGUAAUAAGAGCCUUCAGAGAGAUGGAAAUGAUCAUGUCGAAACAAUCCGACUGGUACUGCAUCGACGAGUACAAAUUCGUUUCGGGUUUGAUACGAAGGAUGGAAGGGGUUGAGGGGAUGAAGCACAAGACCAAGGCCGUCUUAUGGAGAAUUCAGUUUGUGAUGGAGAUGAACACGGUCAGAUCUGUCAAAGUUCGAGACAACGGUGUGGAUGAUUGGCUCAAUCAGUGCAUUCAGAAUGGAAACUGUCGUGGUUUUUAUAAUGUGAAAUGUAUCAAACUGAACUGA